GAUGUGUUUCUUUCCCUCAUUUCCCUGCAUUUCUCCUCUGUGCUCAUUGUCACAGGGACACGCGCCUGCCCUGCUCAGUUACAGGGUGAACGUGUCUCUGCUGAUCUGAGCCCCACGGGAACCCACGUCUUCCUGAAGCAUCUCCAGGACCUGACAACGUCCGAGGCUGCAGAUGUGACAUCCUGGUGACCAGCAGGCUCGUUCUCCAAGGGACCACAACCUGUCGUCUGUCUCUUUGUCCUGCAUGUCUGUCUGUCCAUCUUUCUGGCACCGUGGUCCCUUCCAUCUGCUCAGCUGACCCCAGAGGGACAGGACGUCAUGACCCCCACACUCACUGCCCUGCUCUGCCUGGGGCUGAGCGUGGGCCUGAGGGCCAGAGUGCAGGCAGGGACACCCCCCAAACCUACCCUCCAGGCUGAGCCAGGAUUUCUGAUCUCCCCUGGGAGCCCCGUGAACAUCACAUGUCAGGGGACUCUGGGGGCUGAGGAGUACCGUCUGGAUAAAGAGGGAAACACACCUCCAUGGAAAACACAGAAGCCACCGAACCCCGGAGACAAGGCCACGUUCUCCAUCACACGGACGACAGUCCAUCAUGCAGGGAGAUAUCGCUGUUACUAUCGCAGCCCCUCUGGCGAGUCAGAGCACAGUGACCCCCUGGAGCUGGUGGUGACAGGAUCCUACAGCAAACCCAGCCUCUCAGCCCUGCCCAGCCCUGUCGUGACCUCAGGAGGGAACGUGACCCUCCAGUGUAACUCAGGGCUGGGAUUUGACAGGUUCAUUCUGGCUAAGGAAGGAGAACACAGGCUCUCCUGGACCCUGGACUCACAGACACACCCCAGUGGGCAGAACCAGACCUUGUUCCCUGUGGGCCCCGUGACCCCCAGCCACAGGUGGACGUUCAGAUGCUAUGGUUGUUACAGGAACAGCACCCAGUUGUGUUCACACCCCAGUGACCCCCUGAAGCUCCUGGUCCCAGGACCCUCUGUUCCCCCCAGCCCCACACCCACAGGGCCCAUCUCCACAGCUGCUGAGUCAUGGGGCGUGUGUGCUCAGAGGGAGCACAGACCACCCCGGAUGCUUCUGAUUCCCUCAGAGGGUCUCAUGCCCCCGACACUAAGGACAGGCUGUGUCCCAGGGGCUGGGAGCAGGGGAUAGAUUGAGGGUGAACCAGGGGCUUCAGGGCUCUGAGGAUUCACCCCACAAUGGAUAGGCCUACAGAGGGUUAAGUGAGGCAAGUGACAGUUGGGGUGGUCAUGGCCCAGGGAGAUGUUGGGGCCCGGGAUGGGG